GAAGAAGGUAAACAUGAUGACGAAGAUGAAGGAGAUAACGAUGACGCAGACGUAUCCGUUGGUCGGAAUGAUCCUACGCAACGGUAUCUCGAUAUGCUGCUAUCGAGGGAGAAUAAACAAUUGGAUACCGCCUAUGGUGUGCGUAAACUCGCCAAGAACGAAUUGAUGAUAGGCGAUUCGCCCAUCAGCUUUGAGAGUGAUCGAAUCCAUGUAGGUGAUAGGACUUACUUGAAAAAUGCGGGUUUGAUCGAACUCUUAUUCAGGAAGGUACCUGACGAGAGUAGUAUAACCCAGGAUGACAUGGACAAUUACAAAAACAUUAUUUUAACGACGAAUUCACAUAGAAAGUACUAUAAACCUGAUGGUGAAAUUCGUAAGAGCAAGAGUUUCAAAUUUAAUAACGUUAUUGCAAAACUGAUCGAACAGUCCUCUGUAACGGGCAAAGGUAUAGUACCGCGGUACAUGAUCGCUGCCAAGGACGAACGAACGGAUUACGUGUACUGGGACGAUCCCAACGAAUCGGUAGACCGGCUUCGUCUGCUCCUUGCGUCUCGGGAAGCUGGUAACCCCAGUCACUCCAACGAAAUUGUGUCGAUUAUCGAAGAAUUGCGCGAGGCGGGUAUCAUUUAUUAAUUCGAUAAAACGAUCGCGAUCGCCACUUUGAAUAUG